UGCAUGGGUAGCUGUCACAGUCUUGUUUAUCAGUUGGAACAUAUUUAUGCCCAUAGAGGGUCCAGGUGGAAAAGAAAAAAAUGAUCCCAUGGUCCUGCACAGUACUUUACAACAACCUGCCUAUAAAGGAGAGUAUACAUCUACUUUAGAGAUUACUGCUUUAAACGGAACAAUGACUAGAACAGAGUAUACUAGUGUGAAAGAGACUUCCAACAUUACAGAGUUGAAAACUACAACCACGCCAGAAACUACCACUACUUUAUCACCUUCCAGUAUGACAGAGACUACUCCUUUAACAGAGACUAACACGUUGACACAGUCUACACCAAAAACAGAGCUUACUUCAAUGAUACAGCCUACCACUAGUACUAUUGCCGAGUCAACCACUAUGCCAGAGUCUACCAAUAUACCAGAAGCUUCUACUGUACCAGAGACUACUAAUGAGGCGGAUACUACUGAAUAUACCACUAUGCCAGAGUCGACCAAUAUAGCAGAGUCAACCACUAUACCGGAGACUACUAAUGUGGCGGAUACUACUGAAUAUACCAUUAUGCCAGAGUCUACAAAUAUACCAGAGUCAACCACUACACCGGAGACUACUAAUGUGGCGGAUACCACUGAGAAUACCACUAUCCCAGAGUCUACCAAUAUACCAGAGACAACCACUACACCGGACACUACUAAUGUGGCGGAUACUACUGAGAAUACCACUAUGCCAGAGUCUACCAAUUUACCAGAGACAACCACUAUGCCAAAGACUACCACUUUUUCAGAGACCACCACUUUACCAGAUCCUACCACUAUGACAGAUCCUAACACAGAACACACUAUUAUGGCACUAUCUACCACUAUUUCAGACACUACUUCAAUGCCACCCACAACCACUAUUACAGAGCCUGUCAUUGUAUCAAAGUUUACUGCUACUGCACAAUAUACCACUUUGCCAGGGACAACCAUAACGGCAAAGACUACCAUUAUGACAAAGCUUUUCACGGUACAAGAUUCUUCCACAGUGACACAUUACUCUACCAAAUCAUCGUCUUUGAUAACCAAUGCAAGUAAUGACAUGAAAUACAUCGCAGUUGGUAACACUUCUUGCGUCUGUGUUUGCAAAUAUGUUAACCAAACUCUAGACGAAUCAAUUGAAAGGAGAAGGAAAGAAUUGGUUAUAAGCAAAACUCAACUGUCGUUUACCAUAAGGAGGCUUACUUCUGCCUCGGACUACAGAAUGUCAGUAAAAGUAGUUGGAAAUGUGGCUAUCGUGGUGUUUGUUCUGAUCUACCACUAUGUCAGAGAAAACCACUACGCCCGAAUCCACUAUGCCAGAAUCUAUCACUAUACCAGAAUCCACCACUAUGUCAGGGAAAACCACUUUACCAGAAUCUACCACUAUGCCAGAAUCCACUAA